AUGCCCACGCCCCCCGCAACGCGCAAGCGCAAGCGGGCCCCCCACCAGUACACCGUCAGCUACAGCGAGGUCCAGGAGGUCGACAGUGCCGGCAAGGUCCGCGACGUCAUUGUCAUCGACGACACUCCCCCACCCACGACGGCUUCCCCAUCCACAACGCACAUGUUCUCGGCGUCGUAUCAGCCCCCGCUGUACUCCGCCCCCAUUCGCACACGGGCUCGCGCUGCCCAGGAGGCCCAAGCGUUGUCCACGAGCACCUCCUCUGCCACGCUCCCCGGACCUGCUGCCAAGAAGCGGAGGCGGGAUAUCGCUGAUGACGCAGGCACUGUCGCGAAGAAGCCCGCCACAAGCCAUCUGCAGCAUCAACUUGUCGCGAACAAGUCAAUCGCUAGUGGCAGCGGCGCUACUGUCGAAGAGGUCUCGAAGGAGGUCUCUUGCGACGACAAGGAAGGCCAUUACAUCGUUGUGCCCGACGAUAUCAUCCACCGUCGCUAUCGUACGGUACGGCUCCUUGGACAAGGGACGUUCGGCAAGGUAGUCGAGGCAUUCGACAUCGAAACGAACAAGAAGGUAGCUAUCAAGAUCAUCCGAGCCAUUCCCAAGUACCGCGAUGCAAGUAAGAUGGAAGUGCGCGUCCUACAAAAGCUGAAGGAGAAAGAUCCAAGAAAUAACAACAAAUGUAUCCAUCUUAUACAGUGGUUCGACCACCGCAACCAUAUCUGUCUCGUCUCGGAGUUGCUCGGGAUGUGUGUCUACGACUUCCUCAAGGAAAACGCGUUUGCACCGUUCCCUCGGCAACACAUACAGUCAUUCGCGAAGCAGCUCCUCGGCAGUGUAGCAUUUCUUCACGACCUUCACCUCAUCCAUACUGAUCUCAAGCCGGAGAAUAUCUUAUUGGUUAACAAUGAUUAUCGGGUCGCUCAGAUCCCUAUACCGGGCAGAGGACGUAAUACAGGAACAAGAGCAAAGAGGGUGCUGAAGUCUACGGAUAUCCGUCUAAUCGAUUUCGGCUCGGCAACGUUCGAGGAUGAGUACCAUUCCAAUGUCGUAUCGACUCGGCACUAUCGUGCACCUGAGAUUAUUCUUGGUCUUGGGUGGUCGUACCCAUGCGACGUCUUCUCGCUAGGAUGCAUCCUCGUGGAGUUCUACACUGGGAUGGCCCUGUUCCAGACACACGACAACCUCGAGCAUCUAGCCAUGAUGGAACAGGUGAUGGGCAAGAUGCCGGACCGUUUCGCUCGGCAAGGUGCUCGCACGAAGCCAGAGUUCUUCAGGGAGGGCAAACUCGACUGGCCCAAACCGAAGGUCUCACGGCAGAGCAAGAAGGAUGUGCGUGCUUGCCGGAGCCUGCAGGAAAUCAUCCCUCCGAAAGACAGCAUCAACGUGAACUUCCUCGAUCUCGUCAAGAGGUUGCUGACUUUCGACCCUGCACUCCGGAUAUCCGUGCGAGACGCGCUGGCCCAUCCCUACUUCUCGCUAACGGUCCCGAACGAACAAUGA